AUGUUCCAGAACGUCUACUACGAACGAAAAGUCGGCACCUCGCAACCGUGUUAUGUCUGUCGCCGACCCACUACCACCGUGUUGGCCACGCUCAAGACGGAAGACUUUCUGUAUACUUGCCAAGGGCAUUUGACUGAUGUAGGGUUCGCAACGCUAAUCGCGGCGCCAUCGGGACCGAGCGCCGACGAUAUUCGUAAAGUUGUGGACGAGUACCGUGCGCGAGAGACCAGGCGGACUGAGACCAAGGCUGAGAAGGACGACAAGGACGACAAGGACAAGGACAAGGAGAAGAAAGAGAAAGAGAGCGGCGGGUUGUUGUCGUACCUCCCCUCCCUGCCCGGGUUUGGGCACGAGGAGAAGGAGAGCUCGUCGCCCAAGUCUCCUCGUUCGCCUGCCCCCGUUACUCCCGUCAAUGUCCCGUCGUCCCCUGCCCCGCCGGCACAUCGCAAGUUUGCGCUGCACCGCGCCAUCUUCUCCAGCCGACAGGGGGAGCUCGCGCGCAAGGCUCAAACCGCCAGAGCCAAGGAGGUGUCCAAGACACUGCCGCAGGCGCCUCGAGGCUCGUUCUGA